AUGUCUUCCACGACAGACGGAAAUUUCGCGCAAAAAUGGAGCACAUACACUCUACAACCGUGGAACUUCGGCCAUCAUCGCUUCUAUCUAAGCCUCGAUGGACAAGAACCUACCAACCAAUCUCUCAUGCUCCGAUAUGGUACAAUAAUCGCCUUUUGCGCUAAAGCAAGCCUGCGAACUGCUGUCGCUAUGGCAUUUCAGCAACGUGCAUGGCUAAUCGCCCGCCACAAGAUGGCGCGUUUCGAAACAGUCGAUGCCAUUCUCACAGCCAAUGACGACAUAUUUUUCCUCUUGACAUGGUCCUCCAUCAAGAACUCUAAGAUCCGAACCCUGCUAGCUCUUUAUUGUUGGGUUACACCGUUGGUUGUAGUUCUCACAGCUGAGACACUGGCUGUCGUGGCCGGAGUCACGGAGGAGCUAGUAUCGUGUCCAUCUGUCCGAACGCUAAACUUUGACAAUGAGGCCAACUAUGACUGGAGUGAGAGACCAGUUAUGGAUGGUCGGGCACUCCGAUCUGUGGCGCAUUUUAAUACUACUAGCAGGGAGACAAAGCCUCAAGACUUUAAUUCGACGCAUUUUGACUAUUGGAAUGCGGCGAGUACUAUGUACACGUCUGUUGUGUCGAACAGGGCGGUCUUCAUGCCUGAGCCUCUUGUGAGGGAUGAGUCGGCUGCUGAGGUCUGCUCUGAUGGCUGGAAUUGCACUUAUGUUGUUAACUUCCUCGCGCCAGGGUACAAAUGUGAAGAGCUGGCUUCUGGCGUUGGGUCGAAGGUGAAGAAGCUUGGUGACGCUGAGGCGCCGUCCAAUACUUCAAUUUUUGCGCCAGAACUUAACUACACUUACAUGUAUAUGGCCGCUAGAGAGAAUUAUACCACCUAUAGUUGGCCACGGCCCAAGGAUUUGGGCGUAUUCAAGAAUGAGCCCAUCAUUUGGGUUGGCUAUGUCACCGUCAAAGACAUGAACGAACAACAGCCGAAGAACAAGGAAGACAAAGGCUGGGAUAAAGCUUAUACACCUGCUAUCUUUGGCUGUGACCAUUAUGAAAUCAACUACACUGUCCUAUUCGACUACGUGAGAGGUGCACAGUCAUACAAGAUUAAGAAACGUGAGUAUGUCAGGAAGGUAGUCAACACAACGCUCAUCUCAGAAAACACCUCCGGAAAGAUGUCAAAGAAGAAGGCGAUCCCAGAAAGUAACUGGGUUCAUCCUCAAGACUUUAAAAAGUAUCGCCGAACAGCUGCUUAUCACGUUAUCGGCAGUGGACUCCGACGAUAUCCCGGAGGAAGUGUCAACGCAGGAACCAACAGAACAACAACAUAUGUCCUCACAUACUUAGGCGCCAAGAUAAACCCCCUUCCAAUCACGGAUCUUCGUCAAGGUAUUCAGAAGCUUUACGAGGACCUUUUAAUGUCGUUCUUCGCUGAGCCAUCCUUCAUUGCGGUUUCUUGGGCUCCAAAUGGCAAGCCAUCGGGGACUGGGAAGGGAGACGCAUCAACAGGCUAUCCAUGUCGGCGGCAGCGACAGACUACGCUAUUCAUUUACAAGCAGGUUCAGCUAUUGUGUGUUUACGCGGCGAGUAUCUUGUUAUCAGUUAUUGGUGUCUUGGUCGAUAUACAGGCAUAUCGUGAAGAAGGCGUGAUGCUUGAUAUGAAGCCUUCCUCGAUUAUCGGUGACUCAAAGAAUGGGACGUUGAGUGCACAAAGGGGUGAUGCUAGGACGGGAUAUGGUCUCGUAGAAGGUGGGACUGAGACGAACCUCAGACCUCCUGGAAUGGAAGGAAACAUGACACAACAGCAGAGGCUAUAG